AUGGACGCCAGCAACAUCUGCAGCUUCAUGCGUAAGAAUCAAGCCUCUAUUUUAGGACGCGGCUUCCUGGGCCAAAGCUUUGAUGGGCUGAAACACGUGGUGGCUAGCGACGGGGUGCGGGCUAUGAUGGAGUCGGCCCUGACAGCCAGAGACCGCGUGGGCGUGCAGGACUUUGUCCUGCUGGAGAACUACACCAGCGAGGCGGCUUUCAUCGAGAACCUGCGCAAGCGCUUCAAAGAGAGCCUCAUAUAUACUUACAUCGGCUCAGUACUAGUGUCGGUCAACCCGUACAAAGACCUGGAGAUCUACACCAAGAACCACAUGGAGCGCUACCGCGGGGUCAACUUCUACGAGGUGUCCCCACACAUCUACGCGGUGGGAGACAACGCCUACCGCUCCAUGAGGACGGAGAAGAAGGACCAGUGCAUCCUGAUCUCCGGAGAGAGCGGCGCCGGGAAGACGGAGGCCUCCAAGAAGAUCCUGCAGUACUACGCCGUCACCUGUCCGGCCAGCGAGCAGGUGCAGACGGUCAAGGACCGCCUGCUGCAGUCCAACCCGGUCCUGGAGGCCUUUGGCAAUGCCAAGACGUUGCGCAACGACAACUCCAGCCGCUUCGGAAAGUACAUGGACAUUCAGUUCGACUUCAAGGGCGCCCCCGUGGGAGGCCACAUAAUCAACUACCUCCUGGAGAAGUCCCGGGUGGUCCACCAGAAUCACGGGGAGAGGAACUUCCACAUUUUCUACCAGCUGAUCGACGGAGGCGAGGAGGACUUGCUGAGACGGCUCGGCCUGGAGAGGAACCCCCAGCAGUACCAGUACCUGGUCAAAGGUAACUGUCCUAAAGUGAGCUCCAUCAACGACCGCAGUGAUUGGAAGGUGGUGAGGAAAGCUCUGACUGUGAUUGGCUUCAACGAGGACGAGGUGGAGGAGCUGCUAAACAUAAUCGCCAGCGUCCUCCACCUGGGCAACAUCCAGUACGGCGGGGAGGAUGGCAGCGCCUGCAUCACCUCGGACACGCAGAUAAAGUACCUGUCCAGGUUGUUAGGAGUGAACGGGGCGGUGCUGACCGAGGCUCUCACACACAAAAAGAUCAUCGCCAAAGGAGAGGAGCUGAUGAGCCCACUGAACCUGGAGCAGGCGUCCUCUGCUCGGGAUGCUUUGUCCAAGGCGGUUUACGGACGCACCUUUACCUGGCUGGUCAACAAGAUCAACGCCUCUCUCACAUAUACGUGGGAGCCAGUCCAGUACUUCAACAACAAGAUCAUCUGCGACCUGGUGGAGGAGAAGUUCAAAGGGAUUAUUUCCAUCCUGGACGAGGAGUGUCUGAGGCCCGGAGACGCCAGUGACCUCACCUUCCUGGAGAAGCUGGAGGACACUGUGGGAGGACACGCACACUUUGUCACUCACAAGCUGGCUGAUGCAAAGACCAGGAAGGUAAUGGGCCGGGAGGAAUUCCGCCUGCUGCACUACGCUGGAGAGGUCAACUACAAUGUGAACGGAUUUUUGGACAAAAACAACGACCUACUCUUCAGAAACCUGAAAGAGAAUGUGCUGUGUGCGCACCUGCAGGUCAUGUGCAUGUCGGAGAACAAGAUCUUGACGCAGUGCUUCGACAGGGAGGAGCUGAGUGACAAGAAGCGGCCCGAGACGGCAGCCACCCAGUUCAAGGCCAGCCUGGCGAAACUCAUGGAGAUCCUCAUGUCCAAGGAGCCGUCCUACGUCCGCUGCAUCAAGCCCAAUGACUCCAAGCAAGCGGGUCGGUUUGACGAGGUGCUGAUCCGUCACCAGGUCAAGUAUCUGGGGCUGAUGGAGAACCUGAGGGUGAGGAGGGCCGGCUUUGCCUACAGACGGCGCUACGAGGUCUUCCUACAGAGGUACAAGUCGCUGUGUCCGGACACGUGGCCCAACUGGCAGGGGAAGCUGGUGGACGGAGUGUCCACCCUGGUCAAACACCUGGGAUACAAGCCCGAGGAGUACAAACUGGGCAGGUCCAAAAUCUUCAUCCGCUUCCCGAAGACCUUGUUUUCCACCGAGGACGCGCUGGAAACCCGGAAACACGGGCUGGCUACCAAGCUGCAGUCCGGAUGGAAAGGCUACACCCAGAAGACCAAGUAUCGGAAGCUCCGAGCCUCAGGUGAGGACUCCCCGGUCUCUCCGGGCCUGGCCCACGACGGGCCGCCUGGAGCAGAGCGCUACAGCCGUUUCUCUCUCUGUGUCUGGUUCAUCAAAGGCUUCAUCUACCGCCACAAGGAGCGCUGUCCGGAGAACGAGUACUUCCUGGAUUACGUGCGCUACUCCUUCCUCAUGAAGCUGCGCAGGAACCUGCCCAAAAACGUCCUGGACAAGAGCUGGCCAACCCCCCCAGCUGCUCUCGCUGAGAACAUGGUGUGGAGCUACUGCAAGAAGAUCACCCCCGAGUGGAAACACCAGAUGGAGCAGAAGAUGAUCGCCAGCGAGAUCUUCAAAGACAAGAAGGACAACUACCCUCAGAGCGUGCCCAAACUGUUUGUGAGCACGCGGCUCAAUGGAGAGGACAUCAACCCCAAGGCGCUGCAGGCUCUGGGCAGCGACAAGAUGAAGUACGCAGUGCCGGUCACCAAGUACGACAGGAAGGGCUACAAGGCCCGCUCCCGGCAGCUGCUGCUGACCGCCAGCACCGCCAUCAUCGGCGACGUGGUCCUGCAGAGCGAGCACGUGAUCGAGACGCUGACCAAGAUCGCCAUCUGCUCCGACAAGAUCAACAGCAUCAACAUCAACCAGGGCAGCAUAAAGUUUGCGGCCGGCCAUGGGAAGGAGGGGACCAUAGACUUCACGCCCGGGUCAGAGCUGCUGGUGGCCAAGGCUAAGAACGGACACCUGUCUGUGGACAAAUGGGUUGACGUCCCUCUUUUGUCCGGUCGUCUGUCCUGCUGUCAGAUCCGAUGA